AUUGCAACUGUAAAGUAACAAAACGAAUGGAAUCGGCCAUGAUAAAUAAACACGACAGUUUAACUGAAAAAUAAUGGAAUGGUGUGUUUGAACGUAACAGAAUUAAACUAGUCUAUUAAUAGUGGUAGACACAUAUUUUAGAAGGCCUAAGUGAUAGACGUUCACAGACGGAUUAAAUUGUGUACCGAUAUUGUUUUAUGUGAUGAAAUCGACCUAACUACAACACGAAACUCCCUGCUGUGAACCCAACAAAAGUAGUGAAUGUAAUGGGUCCAAUUUUUUAAGUGGCAAUUGAAGUUAUAACGUGUUUAAAUUGAAGUUGAACUCUUGUUACAUAGUGAAUAAAACAAUUUUGAUCGUCAAUCCCAAAAGCAGAAUGGAUAAAACCAACGGACCACAAGUCAAGAUCGGCAAUGAACAUUUUAAAACUUGGCUCAAGAAUUUGGAUCCAGUAGCCAGGGUUGAAAAGAUGAGCACUAUCGCUAAAACUCAAGCUUCUGCUGGCCUGAAGGGAUCAUUGAUCAAAGUUUCAUUAGCACAACUGUCACAAAGGUGUGAAGUGAGGUUGCUUAAAUUGAGUGACAGAGAAAUCAAGUUUGCAACAAGGAGGAAAUCUAUAAAGAGUGUUAAGCCUCUUGCCAGUUCUAAAACUCAAUUUGAAGACAGUUUAAAAAACCAACACAAGUUACCUACAAAUUCAAAGCAUAUUGUUGGUAAAAGUACAAGAACUGAAGACAGCAAAAUCAAGUUACUUUCAAAAUAUCCCGGAGAUUCUGCAGUUAAAACAAAAAAGUUUAAGCAGCUACAAAAUAACAAAAAAGAACUAAUCGCUUCAGAUCAUGAAACCAAUCCUCUUCCAAGUAUCACUAGUCAAAAGUACAGGAACAAGUUCUCUGAACUUUUUGGUGAGGAUUAUGAUGACUCGUCUGUCUUUAAAAACAGAUCAAGCAAAGAAGUAUAUUCUAUUGAAAGUGAAAGCAACUGCGUAUCUGCUACGGUGAAUUUGAAGUUUUAUAAUGAUCCAACUGUAAUUAAAAGGAAAGCUAAUUCAGACAGUACUGUAUUAAACAGUGAUGUGUCAACAAACAAAAGAUUACGGAUUGACGUUUCUGUUUCUAGGGAAGAAACCCGUCCAAAAGAAUCUACCGCUAUUUCGUCAAAGAACAAUUCUAUAAAUAGUGACACGAAUACUGAAACCUCGCCUAAAUCUGCAAGAAGGAAAUCUCACAGCAGCUCAAAAGUAAAAAUCAAAAGCAAACAAACUAUGACUAAAACUAAUAAAACAGUACUUUCUUCAGUAAAUUGUAAUGAUAACACUGAAGAUGAUCCAUCUAUAAAAGAGUUGUGGUCCAUAUUUGGAAUGGAAUCUCCAAAAGACCGGUCCGCAACCAUUAAAUCUCAUCCGUUAGACCAACAAAAUAUUAGUUUAAAAGAAAUUUCUGACCCAACAAACCCCCAGUGUAUUACUCAUACUGAGUGUCAACCAAAUUUAUCAUUACAGACUGCAAAUGAGUGCUUAGUUCAAUCCCCACUCACGCCUAAAAUACAUAUGUCAGGAAAUACAAAUUCAACAGAGAAUGUGAAUGGAGUGGAAGAAUCAGCCAUGAAUGAAAACACGAGUCCACAAGAAACUGAAGUCGUUUGUAAAAUUGCAAAUACAUUCAGUCUUGCUACCGGUUCUAAAGUUCCUGAAUCGCUUGAUAAAAUUGUAGAUGAAAACCCGGUAAAGACGAACAUAGAAGUCAUGAAAAUGAAACUAAACUCCAAUGAAGAAACAGUCGACCGCUUGCCAGAAAUAGUAAAUAUUGAAGAGACAGACACAAUAUUAAUAUCCGAAGAUGAGGAAAAUGAUUCAAAUGACCAUGACACUUCCAGGAUAAACUCUAAUAAUAGCAAUGAAGAAGUUACAAAUAUAGAAGAACGUAGCAAGGUAGGCACAAUAAGAGUUAAAAAUAUGGGUUUACUGAUGCGUGACGCAAAUACUGGUGUUUAUAACACAAAUACUUUGUUAGAACCAAAUUCACCUGAAAUAAAUCAAUCAAAACUAAACAUCCAAGAAAAAGACACUACUAAUAGAACAAAGCCACAGAGUUUUGAGCAAGGCUUCUUUAAUAUAUACAAACAUUAUUUUGAUGAAUUAGUCGAGUCAAAAAUACCAAAACUGGGAGAAUUACUUCAUCUUGCUGUGGCUGAUGGACUGAGACGGAUUGAUAGGAUUAAAAGAGCUGAACAGCUUUCAUCUGACGAUCUGAUUAAAGAAGAGAAGCAAAGAGCCGAAAAGGAUUUUAAUGAUAUGAUGAGAGUUAGAGGUAAUGAGUUUUCACCACUUUGUGAACUUAUAUUACGUACCUUUGACCAGUCCUCAAAAAUCACGUUGUUUAGUGCGUUAUUUUGCAGAAUUAUGAAACAUGCAGAACAAAUUGAUCCGGCGAAUAAAAAUUACAUUAUCGAGGCAAGAAAUGUAAUUCAAACAAUGUUAUCCAAGCAUCAGUUCAAGGACAAAGAAGUUGUCGACUUUUUGCAAACAGAUUUACACUUUCAUGAUCUAAUGAAACAAGUGAAUACUCUGAUUGAAAAAUUUAAUCAAGCAGGGAACAUUUAUGUAGAAAUCCAUUCGAUUGAGCGAAAUGACACAGUUUCUCAAAAUAAUGUUGUUAUUUCAAGUGUUGCUGUACCUCAGAAUCACAUAAAUAUAACACAAGGUAAAAAUGUUUCUAACAGCUCAAUUAAAACCAAUAAUCGGAAAUUUAUUCGGAUAACUCCAAAACCUAGAAACAAUAUAUCAAUAUCUCAACCGCAUGAUUCACUUCUUCAAAGAGGCAACGUAAUUUCAACAGGGAACAUCGUUUCUCCAACAGUUGUUACUAACUCUCCAACCAGUCGACCAAAUGAUCCAUCAAAUACGAGUUCCUUGCCAAUACCUGGUACUAAAUUAUUGCUUAAUAUGCUACAGACCUCAAGUUCGUCACUUCCGACAACAAAUGGAACGGUGCCUGCAAAAAGCUUAAAUCGAGUUGGAUACUCUCGACCAGCACAGAUACCAAAACUAAUCCCAAAAAAUAUAGCUGCCAUGGUACCUACAACAACAGCUGGUGCAAGUACCGUUACCAUUCCUGUUGGUAAUUUCAGUUUUAUCCCAAUUUCCUCUGUCAACUCGGCAUGUAAUAAACCCAUAUUCAUAUCGACAACUCCCACUCAAUCACAUUCUUCAAAUAUCAAUUAUCCAUAUAGACUUCAGACAGCACCUGUUAGACCGGUAGUCUCCGAAGGGGCUUCACGUCUAAUCUUAAACAAUUUGGGGUCCGUAGCAACACAGAAAACCCGCCCUAGGAUAAUUCGGGAAAUACGUCCUGUUGUAAACACUGCUCAAUCAGUUACUAGCUGCUAUUCUGCAAAGACUUCAGGAACGACGACUACAUCGGAAAGAAUAAGCCAACCCACAACAGCUUUGGCCGAGUCCAUGUCUCCACCAAACCCAGAGAAUUUGACUUUAUCAAAUAUAUUGAAAGCUUCAGAACAGAGUGUGAUUCCAUCAUCCUCACAUUGCCAUCCAUUCAUUAAAAGAAUGCCAAUUAGUGGGAAAAUGAAGAUGUUCUUUGGAAAUAGUAAAAGUUAAUCAAAUGGACGAACCCUGCGGAUGUAAUGGAUGUGAAAUCUUCAUCUUUCGUUAGACUGAAACAAGAUAUUGCUUUUGUACAAAUUAUAUAAUUGUGAUGUUGAAUCCACUCUUUUACAUUUAAGUUGCCUCGUAAUUUGAGAUGAAAGGAUAUUGUAUUAAGACUGUGAUUUUACUAUAGGCUACCGGUGUAUAAGUCGUAAAUAAUUAUUGAGAAUGUUCCCAUGAGGUGCACCUCAAAACUUCUGUGAUACUAUUUAGAUUGUCUAAAAUGGACUAGUUCGUCCUAAAGUACUGAUUUAAGUUAUUCGCAUUUUCUUGGAAAUUCAAGGCCUAGAAAGUUAUUUUAAGUUCGUGUUUGGUUGCAAUGUUAAGUUUAAGACGUUUUUUGUUACUUUUAUAGUAAUAAAAUUUGUAAAAUAGCAAA